GCAGCCAUUAAAAUAAAAUUCACCUAAAAAAGAAACUCGAGAAGAAUGGCUGAAACUACUAACACUAUUCCUACUACAUCAUCAUCUCCGAUUCCCAUGAUGAUGGAUCCUUUAUCGGCAACCGCAACUCAACCACCAUUAUCGACAGCGAAUCCAACACUGCCGCCUCUCACGGCGGAGACGAUGACGAUGGCAACUAGAACGUUGACACCAACACCUUCGACGAAUUCCUCGAUCAUUCCUCAAAAUAACAACCCUUCUCCUUCCAUUGACCCUUCGCUUCAAAGUCAACAGCAAAUCUCGCAAAUUUUGUCUCCACCUCCCGCGCCUCUUACCCAACAACAACAAGCGCAGCAAAAUGUUGCAGCUUUAUCGAAUUAUCAAAUCCAGCAAACCCUUCAAAGAUCCGCAUCUAUUUCACGCAUGAACCAACUCCAGCAGCAGCAGCAGCAGCAACAGCAACAGCAACUAAGCCAGCAGCAACAGAAACAACAACAAAUCCAGCAGCAGCAGCAGCAACAGCAACUAAGCCAGCAGCAACUGCAGACUCAGUACAAUAAUGUUUUGAGACAAGGGUUAUAUGGGCAAAUGAAUUUUGGUGGGUCGGGUUCAAUUCAAGCUAACCAGCAACAGAACCAGCUGAAUCAGCAGCAGAUGGGCAAUACUAAUUUAUCAAGGUCGGCUUUGAUGGGGCAAGGAGGUCAUUUGCUCGGUGGCGCAACUGCCGCUGCUCAGUUUAGUUUGCAGUCUCCGCUUUUAGCUUCGCCGAGGCAGAAAGCUGGUUUGAUGCAAGGAUCUCAGUUUCAACCAGGAAACCCCUCUGCCCAAUCUUUGCAAGGGAUGCAAGCAACGGGGAUGAUGAAUUUGAGCUCACAACUAAGGGCUAAUGGUCUUUAUGCUCAGCACAGGAUGAAUCAGGGACAGAUGAGGCAGCAAUUAUCACAACAAUCUCAACUCACAUCUCCUCAGGUUCAAAGCUUACCAAGAACAUCUCAAGCCUUCAUCAACUCUCAGUUAUCAGGGCUGACUCAGAAUGGACAGGCUGGUAUGAUGCAGAACUCUCUCUUGCAGCAACAGUGGUUGAAGCAAAUGCCGUCCAUGUCUGGUUCAGGCUCACUUUCAUUCCGCCUUCAGAGGCAAUCACAGGCCCUCUUGCAACAGCAACUGGCAUCUUCUUCCCCUCAGUUGCACCAAAAUUCCAUGUCCUUGAACCCUCAACAAUUGUCUCAGCUCAUGCAACAGCAGUCACAAAUGGGACAACCUCAAAUGCAGCAGCAGCAACAACAAGUACUGCAACAACAGCAGUUACAACAACAACUUCAACAACAACAGCAACUAUUGCAUCAGCCCCAGCAGCUGCAGUCUCCUAGGAUGUCUGGACCUGCAGUCCAGAAAACCCUCAGUUUGACAGGAUCACAGCCAGAUGCAACUGCAUCCGGUGCAACCACACCUGGGGGAAGCUCGAGCCAAGGAACUGAAGCGACCAAUCAACUUCUUGGAAAGAGAAAGAUACAGGAUCUGGUUUCACAGGUUGAUUCACAAGGUAAGCUUGAACCAGAAGUUGAAGAUCUACUUUUGGAGUUUGCUGAUGACUUCAUAGACUCUGUGACUACAUUUGCAUGCAGUUUGGCCAAGCAUAGGAAAUCAUCAACAUUAGAGUCCAAGGAUCUCUUGCUACACUUAGAGAAAAACUGGAAAUUGACUAUUCCAGGAUUUUCAAGUGAAGAACGGAAUCAAACAAGCCCAUUAUCCAGUGACCUCCACAAGAAGCGUCUUGAUAUGAAAGGAGCACUGAUGGAAUCGUCGCAGCCCAAAGCAAAUGCAAAUAAUCCUAAAGAAAUGAUAAGACAAGGUCUUGGCAACCCAGUUGAUGCAACAAACCAUUUAUUGAGACCUUCACCGAGUUCCGAGCAGUUGGUUUCACAAGCAGGUAGUUCACAAAUGCUGCAGCAAAUAACUCGGUAUUAAAAGCCAGUAUUUGUCACUCAUAAUUUGGACCGAUUUCAACAUGGCUGUCUAUCUGGAUGUUUUAGGUUACCUGAAAGCUUUUAAGAUGCAGUGACAGGAGGGAAAUGCUGUAAAUUACUUGCCAAGUGACCAGAGACAUGAUGGAAGUAGUAGUGUUGGAAAUGAUUUUGCACCAUUUGAUCAUCUGAUUUAUCA